AUGCUUGUUAUGGAUAAAGCAUUUGGCAUCCAUUAUGUUUCGACACAUGACAUCACUGUUUCCAGCGACUCGUGGGCCUCUGUUCGCGCAGACAAAGGCUUACGUCUGGCAGCGCUGCUGUUUCCGAAGGUCAAGACCGAGCUGGCCGCGGCUGGCAGCUACCACACGCGCGGCUUGAGGCACGUGAGGCAGUCCCUGCACGAGUCAGUCCCUGGUGUUGCUCCCGAGUCAGGUUCACUGGAAUCUACUUCCGCUAUCAGGAUUUCGCUUUGUCUGCUGGGAGUAUGUGUCGUACAGUCCUACGGUCACCUGGGGAGCUGCGAGGACCACACCCCGCAAUGCGCUGCCUGGGCUCGCCAGGGGCUUUGCCAGAAGAACGAGCUCUUCAUGGUCCACAACUGCCCCGUCAGCUGUGACCUCUGCAUCGAUCCGCAGUGUCGUGACCAGGAUCGCAGGUGUUCGGCUUUUGCUCAACAGGGAAAGUGCGCAGUCAUCCCAAAUAUGUUAAAAAUCUGUCCGCAUUCUUGCAACAACUGCAAUAUCCCAGUUUUUAAAACCAUUAUCAAUCCGGACUUCCAGUGCGGCGGCCCAGGGAGUGCGGGGAGAAGAAAACGCCAAGUUAUCUUCCCGGAUGAACUAGGGCGGCGGGAAAAAACGAGACCGGUAAAGAAGGAAAAGCCAAUGAUGAAAGUAGUUGGCAACAUGAACGGCAACAUCAACGUGAACGACACCUUCUGCGGGGCGACGCCCAUCUCCGAUCGCUUCCUGCUGACGGCGGCCCAUUGCGUCUUCAACUCCGCCCACACGCCGCUGACGGUGCGCCUGGGGGAGCUGGACUUCGGAAGCGACAACGAAGCCAACUCGCAACCUGUCGAUUACGAUAUUGAGGAGAUCAUUGUGCAUCCUGAGUAUGAACGAGACUCCUUCACCAGAUAUAACGACAUCGCACUCAUAAAGACCAUCCAAACCAUUAGAUUUACGGACCUGAUCUUCCCCUUCUGCAUCAGCGCCGAUCGCCCGCAGCACGGAAGCGAAGUCAUUGGCGCUGGCUUCGGCAAAGUCAACUCUACGACAAGAGUAACACAUCUCCAGGAGGUGGUACUGAACAUCGUAGGACCCGCCGAAUGCGAGAGAAUCUACGAGAGAGAAAGCAACCUGCAGCUGCUGAGGCUGUCCUACCCGAACCUGCUUCAAGGGAGAGGCAUUUUGUGCGCCGCUUUCCCAGGCAGGGAUGCUUGCGAGGGUGACUCAGGAGGACCUCUGUUCACGGAGGACAGCCAGGGGCGCCGGUUCCUCGUGGGCAUCGUCAGCGCCGGCAUCCCGUGCGGCGACGAUGGCGUGUCGCUUCUCCCGGGGACUUACGUGAGCGUCGCGGAUCAAAUCGACUUUAUUGACAGCGUCUUGUAUCCCUAAUCGACUGAAAUUAGGAAGGCUUGUGAUAAGAUCUCAAAACACAUAUAGGUCGGAACACACACACACACACACACACACACGCGCGCGCGCGCGCACUCACGAAAAAAAAAUUAUGUAUUUAAAUGAUGUAAAAUAAGGCUAUCUAUGUUGCUCGCAAUAUACAUUAUUGAUUCUUAGAUUGUUAAAAGGAAAUAUAUUUGUAUGAAUCUUUAAGGAAAUGUAAAUGUUAAAUAAAUUUUAUAAAUUA